UUUUUUUUUCUGCAUGCCGCACAUGACUGCGCAGCACUGUGGCGCUGAGCGUGGCCAGCCACACUCUGCCCUGGCCGGAGCAACAGAGCCAGCCCCUGGAAGCAGCACCGAGACGAUUCCAGGGCGCUCUCCGUCGGGGUUUCAAAUCCAUCGCUCCGCCAGCAACGAGAGAAGUUUCGCUUGUCUGAAAUCCACAUACCCCCCCCUCACCUAUCUAUCCCCUAACACACGAACGAUGGCCUGGAGAUGCACCGGAUCGUCCAACGCUGAGCUCGUCAGGAAUCUGGCCAGAGCCCGCAUCAUCACCAAACCCGCAGUCGAACAGGCAAUGCUCGCCGUCGACCGGGCCAACUAUUGUUCCCAUCAGCCAUACACGGACGCCCCGUUCUCGAUUCAGUAUGGAGCAACCAUAUCGGCCCCUCACAUGCAUGCCUUUGCCCUCGAGGCCCUCUGCGAUGUGAUUCAUGAAGGCAGCCGCGUCCUGGAUGUUGGCUGCGGAAGUGGCUAUCUCACGGCAUGCUUUGCCGCUCUGGCCGGAGAGACCGGCAAGGUCGUCGGGAUCGAGCAUAUCCCUCAACUGGUGCAACUGAGCCAACAUAACAUUGCCAAGGACCACCCCGAGCUGCUCGAGAACGGCCGCGUGGACAUUGUCCAGGGCGACGGCAGGAACGGGUACGCGGCGGAGGCCCCAUACGAAGCCAUCCACGUCGGGGCGGCGGCAUACCCCGUCCCACAGGCGCUGCUCGACCAGCUCAAGGUCGGUGGCCGCAUGAUGGUCCCUGUCGGCCCAUGCCGCGGCGACCAGGCCGUGUUCAUCUACACCAAGAACGAGCGAGGCGAAAUCACCAAGCAGAGGUGGAUGGAUGUUCGCUACGUGCCGCUGACGGACGCCUCGAAGCAGCUCGAGGGCCAGUAGCCAACAUCCCACGAGCCUGUCAUCCAGAGUCCAAUUGUAGCUCCUUUUUCGCUGCGAGCGACGCCGGUGGGUGUCCCGCACCAGUCACAAUGACAACAAGCUCGUCCGCCUUCCAUCCGAGCGGCGGCUAUCGGCAAGUCGGCAAAAUCGGCGUGGCUGUUGGUGGCGACAAGGGGGGCUGGCCGCAUCCUCCUGGCUGGGGUGGCUGGGUUGACAGCCAAGCCUCGCUGCCAGGGCCGUGCACAGCGAGAGGAGACGAGGUCAACCUCUGCCGGCGGUGCGAUGCGUGCUCGGCCGUUGCCGUGGACAGCUGAUCCACCGCCAAGACGAAACACGAUUGGAGAGUCGCAGCCACAGCAGGCAGGCAAAGGAGCAAUCGAGCAAAGGAGCAAUCGAGCAAGCCGAGGAGCAAGCCGAGGAGCAAGCCGAGGAGCAAGCCGAGAAGCAAGCGAGCAGCUGAGCAGCCGCCUUGGGCUCAGAGAGG